AUGGAUUCCCAGCAACAACAUUCCACGCCUUACCAGAGCGAUGAGAGCGCUGGAGUGCAACCCUCCGUAGGCUAUCCCCAAGCUUCCGCCUCUUUCUACCACGUCAGCCAGACAGGACAUGCACAUGUGACCUCCCCGCAACAUCCCGCAUCCCUGGUGCACCAACCGGCUCCUGGACAUGCAGAUGCCGAUGCCGAUGCCGAUGCUGAAUUUGGCGACAUCUUCCAGGAACCAGAGGGCUUCCUCCCACCCCCCAAAGAGGCAACCUUCGAAGAAUACACCAUGCGCUCCGGUCAAACUAUCAAACUACGGCUCGUAGGAUCCCAUCCACUCUGGGGAUUCCUCCUCUGGAAUGCAGGAAAAACAAGCGCAUAUUACCUCGAGAGCAAAGCGCGUGACUGGGUCGAAGGGAGAGAUAUCCUGGAAUUAGGCGCUGGCGCCGGCCUGCCCAGCCUUGUCUGCGCGAUCCUGGGUGCCCGCACCGCCGUCGUGACCGAUUACCCUGAUUGCGACCUUGUCGAGAACAUGCGCAUAAAUGCGAAGGCUUGCGAGUCGCUGUUGUCGCUACGAGAAGGAAAGGCAUCCCCGCUACAUGUUGAAGGGUUUAAAUGGGGUGCCGAUCCGGAGACGGUUUUGCGACAUCUCCCUGCGGACUCCGAUUCUGGUCCCCGCGCCGCCGGUCGCGGGUUUGACCUAUUGAUUCUUGCAGAUGUUAUAUACAAUCACCCGCAGCAUAGGGAGUUGAUCGAGAGCGUAAAGCAGACGUUGAAGAGGGCGCGGCAUGCAUUGGCUUUUGUCGUGUUCACUCCGUAUCAGCCAUGGUUGUUGGAGAAGAUUGUUGCCUUCUUCCCCCGCGCAGAGGAGAAUGGCUUUGUGGUGACGAAAGUGUUUGAGAAACUGACGGAGAAGGCUAUGUUUGAGGAUGAUCCUGGGGAUGAGAGACUCCGGCGCACAGUGUUUGGAUAUGAGUUGAGAUGGAAGGAGGAAGAGCUGGUCAAUCAAUCAACGACACCGCACACUUAA